GUUGAACAGGUCAAGGACAACUGAUCAACUUUUAGCAAGUCGCUCAUCACAUUCAUACCAAACAAUGUCGCGACCAGAGCACCAGGCACCACCAGAAAUCGUCUAUGGAGGAGAGGAGGCUGCGAAAUAUACCGGAAACUCCCGCAUCGCAGCGAUCCAGGCAGAGAUGGCAAGUCGUGCUGUCGAACUGUUGAACCUGCCAGAGGGUUAUUCUGGAUACAUUCUCGACGUCGGCUGUGGAUCAGGACUCAGCGGAGAGGUUCUGGACGAGGAAGGCCAUGUCUGGGUUGGAUUUGAUAUUGCGCCUGCCAUGUUGGAGGUUGCUCUAGACCAGGAGGCGACUGGCGAUCUUUUUCUUCAGGAUGCCGGGCAGGGAAUGGCGUUCCGUCCUGGCACCUUUGACGGCUGUAUCUCCAUCUCUGUGCUGCAGUGGUUGUGCAAUGCGGACAAGACUUCUCACCACCCCAAGGCUCGCUUGACUCGCUUUUUCUCGACGCUCUACUCUUCUCUGAGGCGUGGUGCUCGUGCCAUUUUCCAGUUCUACCCUGAGAACGAUGACCAGGUCCAAUUGAUCAUGGGAUGUGCUGUCCGCUGUGGCUUCGAAGGAGGAUUGGUGGUUGACUACCCUAACUCGAAGAAGGCAAAGAAGUUCUAUCUGUGCUUGUUUGCGGGUCAGGAGAUCAAUGGCAUCAAGCAACAGCUCCCUGCUGCAUUGGGAGAGGACGAGGAAGGGGAGCCUGAGGAGACCGGCGUUCAAUAUACCUCGAAGAAAAGAAACGAUUCUCGCAUGCGAUCCAGCAAACGCAAGCCUCUUAAGGACAAGAACUGGGUCUUGAAGAAAAAGGGACAGUUGCGUGCAAGAGGAGACAAGACAGCGAGCGAUUCCAAAUUUACUGCCCGCAAGCGUCGUCCAAAGUUCUAAGUCAUGAACAGCGGUCGGUAGUCCCCCUUCAUUUUUGCUGCAUCAAUCGCUCCCUAAUGCUUCAUAUCGCAUUCCCCCCGCACGCACUCAUCAUGUAAUUUUAUCACACAUAAACCAUAAACGAAGGCAUUCUGCAUCUCUACGAUGCUUGUAAACCAGA